UGAGCGUCAGCUUUUUCCACCAGCCACCGCCUUGUCCAAGAUGGCGGACCUUCACCGCCAGCUGCAGGAGUACCUGGCGCAGGGGAAAGCGGGCGGCCAGGCGGCCGCGGAGCCGCUGCUCGCCGCGGGGAAGGCGGAGGAGCCCGGAGACGGACCGGCGGGGGCGUGGCUGGGCCGCGUGGGCCUGAGCUGGACGUGGUCGCGGAGCUCGGCGGAGUCGGCAGCUGCGGGCCCGGUGUGUCUGCCGAGCGUGACGCGCGGGCAGCGACUGGCGGCGGGCGGCGGGUGCCUACUGAUGGCGGCACUCUGCUUCGGCCUGGCCGCGCUCUACGUGCCAGUGCUGCUGCUGCGCGCGCGCAAGUUCGCGCUGCUCUGGUCGCUGGGCUCGGCGCUGGCGCUGGCGGGAGGCGCGCUGCUGCGGGGCGGCGCGGCAUGUGGGCGCCUGCUGCGCUGCGAAGAGGCGCCGUCGCGGCCCGCGCUGCUCUACGGGGCCGCGCUGGGCGCCACGCUGUUUGCCGCGCUGAGCCUGCGGAGCACGCUGCUCACGGUGCUGGGCGCGGGCGCGCAGGUGGCCGCGCUGCUGGCGGCGCUGGUCGGGCUGCUGCCCUGGGGCGGCGGCACGGCGUUGCGCCUCGCGCUGGGUCGCCUGGGCCGCGGCGCCGGCCUCUCCAAGGCUCUGCCCGUGUGAGGACUUCGCGCCCGCGCCUCGUGGGAAAGACGUGGAGCUAGCGCCGGCGGAGCCCAGGACUGCACGCGGGUGCCGGGACCCCGCGGCGAAGGCCCUUCGGCGACCGCCUGCGAGUCUAAGCUGGGAGCGGCUGCUGGCACCGGAGGCGACAGCAGCUUCGAGAGCUCUUGAAUGUCAGCGUCUUGUGCUGGACUCGGAACGUGCUCUGGAGAUUUUGUCAUUGAACUGGUGACAGGAUGUGAGACGGUUAAGUUACUCUCGAAGUAACUGUGGUCUUAGGUUCGGCUGAGUAAAGAAAAAUGGCUUUUCUUCGAAUUAGCUGUUCUUGGUCUUUUCUCAGGCUGUUUUGUCAUUUAAAAAUCCAGUGUUAGAUGUAGGUUGGUGACGGUACUUUUUUGACUAUACCAAGGCUUGGAAGUUAUUCUCUCAUGCUUCAUUGUCAGCGAAUCCAGAAGGGUAUCAGAUCAAACACCGAAUUCAGCCACUGGACUUUUAAAAAUACUUAUUUAAGAUAGUUUAUCUUGGGCUUUUUCUUCAGUUAACGAAAUCAUAAAUAUAGUGCCUUAUAACAUGAAGGGAAAAUUAGUUCUCUAUUUCACGACGAAAGCGAUGGACCAAAAGAAAUUUCCUGCCCCAAGAAGCAUGGGAUCCAGGAAGGGACACGUACCUGCUUAGCGGUCUCGAAAGAAAUCCUGCAAAUAGGAAGAUAAUUCUACGUCCGGAAUUCCUGUAUCUGGUGGAAACCAUGGAUUUCUACAAGCUCGAAUUACUCCUCACUUUAUGGUCUGCUUUGUAAACUAGUUUACAAUUUGCAGGCUGGUCUUAAGAUGCGUUUCAUAUCUAAUUGCUCUUUCCUUCAUUUCAGGUUCAGCACUUACUUUUACCUACCUUAAUUUAUUGCCAGUAAGUAUGAGCCUAACACUCUUUGAGUCCAGAAAACUACGUCUUGUCAGUAGCAAUACAUUAGGAAGUAAAAUAUAUUUGGAAUAUAAACAUUCUGUGCCAGUGGUUCUCACGCUUGACUGCUCAUCCGUUACUUGAAGAGCCACACCUCAGAUCAGUGCAGUCAGAACGUGGGAACUAGGUCCCAGGCAUCAGAACCUUUUUUUUUUCUUUUUCUUUUUUUUUUUUUUCCUUUUUGGUGCCAUGACUCGGAUACAUCAAAACCUUUUUAAAGCUCCACAGGUGAUUCUGUGUUCCCCGAGGUUGAGGACCACUACUUUUUCUGUGCCCUGGCUUGCACAGUUUGAAAAUAAUGCUUAUACUGAGCUGGAUCCCAGUGUUGCCUUCACAGGGUGUCUGUCGUGCAGCAGUACAGCGCUGCUGCUCCCUCCAACCCCAAAAUGUGUGUGCCUAAGUCACGUCCCUAAGCCCUGUCCCAAGAAGUGACACAGUGGCCGGCAUCUACACUGUUGGCUUGCAGGCUACCCAUCCUGAGUUUUGCUAAAGAACACUGCCUUGCUCCCCGUCAGUAAACAAGGUUACCUACCUCAAAAGGCCGCUCUGAGAGCAAAUGCAGUAUUUUCAGAAUGAUUUAUUUUUUCAGUUGUAAAGACUUAUGCCAUUGGCUGCUCUUUCUAGCCCCCUAAAUUUCUGUUCUAGUUUUAAAUUUCUCUAGAAUUUGCAAUCGUUGGGGUUUUAUAAUUUUUACAGUGUUUAUUUUGUAAACACUUAACAUUUC